GGCCCGCACCACCAGCAAACGAUGCAAAAGCAUACUUAGACCGCCAUCUCUUCUGCCUCUUUUCAUCUUUCUGCUCAAGAGCACCACACGAGCAAGGCCGCGCAUCACCAUGGCCGACGCCAAUCCCUCAACCCCGCCGGCCUCCGGCUCAGGCGCUUCAAAACCUCCUCGUCCGCGCAAUCCCGUCUUCAAGAUGAUGGGUCUCCCAGCCCUCCCUCGCAAGCUCCCCUCCCGCAAUUGGCUCAUCUUCUGGGCCGUCUCUUCGUCCAUCGCCGGCGCAAUCAUCUACGACAAGCGCGAGAAGAAUCGCGCAACAGCGAAAUGGCGCCGAGCCGUUGCGCCCCUCUCCAAAGAGCUACUCCCCAAUGCGAGCCAGCUGCCCCGCAAACUUACCGUUUACCUGGAAGCCCCUCCUGGAGAUGGCCUGCGCACUGCUCAGGAUCAUUUCAUUGAGUAUGUCAAGCCCAUUCUAGCGGCUUCGGGUCUCGACUGGGAAUUUGUCCAAGGCCGACAGCAGGGCGACGUGCGAGCGGCUGUGGCCGAGAGGAUCAGGAGAUCCAGGAAGGCCCAUGAGCGGCCGGACGAAGAGCAGCCGGAAACAGAUGAAGCCAUUGUAGAACGUCAGAGGAAGAAGAUUGGGCUACCGGAAUACGAAGGAAUCAAGGGCGACAUUGUCAUUGGGCGACAUACUUGGAAGGAGUAUGUUCGAGGACUGCACGAGGGAUGGCUCGGUCCUCUCGACGCCCCGCCAUUGCCAGUUGUCGAAACGCUCGAAGACAAGCCCGAACCCGAAACCCCAUCUACAGAAGGCGACAGUGAUAAGAAGCCCGAGGACAAGAAGCCAGAAGAAGAGAAGAAGCCAGAGGAAGAAAAGAAGGAUAAGCGACCGCCACAGCCUCGCCCUCACAACUCCCCCGACGACUAUCCCUCCGCAGCCCUCCCAGCCACCAUCCCCGCCGAGUUCUCCCCUUCCACUCCCAUCGCCUUCCCCCACCGUCUUGGCUUCCGUCACACCUUUGUCCGUCUUGGCCGCUUCUUCACCCGCCGUCGCCUGGCGGAUGACAUCGGCCGAGAAGUCGCCGCAGUGUGCUUCGCCGCCGCGCGAGACUGGCGUGAGGCCGACGGCCAAUACGAGCAGCAGCUCGUCUUGAAGCAGGAAGAAGACGACUGGCCCAAGUUCGUCUGGAAGGACGAGCCCGAGCCCGCCGACGACGCAGAAAAGGCCAAAAAGGCCGCCGAGCCGCCCAAGGAGAAGAUUUGGGCCUCAGAUCUGGUGGUCGACUCGCGCAUCGUGGAGCGAAUGCGCCGCUUCGAGAUUCAGCCCGAGGACGAGGCUCGCGCGAAGCAGAUUGUCGUUCCGGAGACGGAGAUUGAGGGCUGGAUGAAGCGCAACCUGAGGAGCUUGUAUCACUGGGGCGCCAGCUCCUUUGCCAGCAAGCCGAAAGGCCCUGACUUGGGAAACUUGGACGAUGAUUGAAGCAAACAAAGGUGUUGAAAAAAAAGAUUAAUCUUACAAAAGGAGGAUUCCAAUGAUGUGAUGUACAUGAGGGUGUUUUUUUUUUUUUUUUUAGUUUCUUGUAUCAACAAUGGGGCAUGUGCUGUAUGACUACUGUAUGUAUGCGAGGGAGUGUAUUAAUUGGAUAUUGGACAUGAGAAAAGAAAACCACCCACAAAAAUGGCAGAGAGCGAGCUAUGGAUGGAUGAAGGGAUGGGUCAUGAUAGAGGGCGUAUAUACACAUUAUCGAGCUUUGCAGCUGUAUUAAUUCGCAACAACACUUGCAGUC